AUGUGUAUUGGUGAGAGAAUAUUCUUUCUCCUCACAACUUUAUUCCUUUCACUCUAUUUCUUUAUCUCGAAUGCACCAAAUUCACGAGAAAAACUCGAUGUAACCACAUGGGAGACAAUAUCGCCAAAAUAUGCUAGAGAUUUGCCAAAUCUUUCCACAAACUCUCCAAAAGAUCUCUUUGAUAAAUGCGAUUUGAAAAUUCACAAUGCAUUUGAUUCGGAAAUUUCGAGAGCAACCCUUCCAAAAGAUCCCUUGGAAGGAUGUAAUAGAGAAUACACACCAUCAACGAUUUUCGAAAAUGGAGAAAUCUCAAUAUCACCAAAUUGGUUGAAAAAAGUCCGAAAAUGUCAAGCAAGAUGUCAUUUCUACAAAUCGGUUACUGAAUUCACAGCUGGCGAAUGGGUAGAGUUGUGGCCGAAUGAGUGGAAACAAAUGGAGUGCGAUUUCGUCUUCGCACAAUGUAUCGGACAUACGGGGAAAAUCGUCGACAAGCACAUGCACACGCAAAUUUUUGAGACGGAUUUCAGAACCGUCACCGCUUCACCCAGCCAUCACCAUUCAAGCUCCCCAAAUUUUCGUCCCGAUGUUCACAUUUUUCUCAUCGACUCUGUUGCGAGCACUCAGGCUCAAAGAUCUCUUCCAAAAACAUUAAGAUUUUUGCAAGAUCAAAUGAACGCAGUUCUUUUUCAUCAUUUAAAUAAAGUUGGCGAUAAUAGUCGACCAAAUGGAUACGCUUUAUUAUUAGGCAAAAGAACAGUAGCCGAUGCACGAGAAAUUUUCGGUGCUUCGGAUUUGAAGCCGGAGAUGAAAUUCAGUGAUACUUGCUUUAAAUAUCGAGAUGAUGAUCCGGUGAUCUUCAAAGAAUACGAAAAAGCUGGCUAUAAAACACUGAACAAUGAGGAAUAUGAGACAGGCGAUGUGUGGACAUGGCCGAAAUGUUUUGGAUUCCAACGACAACCGACCACUCACAAUUUUCGUCCAUUCCCAGCUUCUCUUCAUGCGGAUGAUUUUCUGAAAAAAGUGAUGUCACGACGGAAUUGCAUUGAAGCCCACCAUCCGCAAUUCAAAUAUCAUUCACAAUUUUUGAGAGCUUAUCAAGGUCAGCCAAAAUUUGGUCUUACCUGGUUGGGUUCGUUGUCGCAUGAUGAUGCCGAUCAAUUAUUUCAUGCUGAUACUUAUUUUGAGAAGUUUUUUCGAGAAAACGAGGAACUCCUUCGUAAUUCUUUUGUUUUCUUUAUGGGCGAUCAUGGGAUACGAUUUGGAAAUACAUUGAAUACGCGUUUGGGGCAACGAGAAUUGAGUAAUCCAUUUCUUUUGAUGACCAUUCCAGAAAGAUUGAGACAAAAUCAACAACUACUUUCGAAUCUCAACGCGAAUUCUCAUCAAUUACUCACACAUUUUGAUCUCCACGCUACUUUUGUCGAUAUACUAAAGAAUGCAUUUCACUCGAAUUUUUCUUCUUUCGAUUUCGAAGCUGUUCUUCACCCAAAUAACAACAAUGCCACUUCAAUUUUGAGGCCCCUUGGACCUUAUGGAGACAGAACCUGCAAAAACAUACCCGUUCCAUCAGCGUAUUGCCUUUGUGAGUAUGAAAAAAGAAAUUUGAAAGAUCUUGAAAACUACAAGGAUUUGGGCAUCGCUGGAGCUGGUUUUAUCAAUAAAUUGCUUAUUAAAGAGAAAAUUGAGGAACUUUGCGAGAAAGUCGUUCUCAAGAAAAUCGAAUCGAUUGAAGUGUUUGAGCCAGAAAAUGCGACUCAACUUUACGAUGUCGUUUUCACCGUCACUCCAAAUGAUGCUAAAUUCAAAAUGACAAUCAAAAGACUUGGCACUUCAUUUCCAUACAAACACCUGCAUUCGGGCGUGGUUGAUCGAUUGAACAAAUACGGGUCAUCAGUAAAGGAA